AGUGUUCUCCCGUGGGCAUUGCCAAUCACCUUCUCUGGGAUGCUUGAGGGAGGCGCAAAGCAUGAGGUAACCUGAGCUGUCGCAGCAAAGUCUGAAUAGGCAGACCUGCCCCGCAGGCUCCAGUCUUAGGAGCAAACUGAGCACAAGCUGCUGCCUUAGGGAAGCAGGAGCAGUUGAGGAAUUGCACAAUUCGACCGUUUAAACUGGGAGGCUGGUGUUUUGGUACCAUGUUGCUUCUGAGGAAAAAAGUGCGGCCAAGUUCUGCUUCAGGGAAGUUAGAAACAUACACGCUAAGCAGCAUUCUGGCUGAGCUGCAGGAGUCCACCGCUACAACAGACCCUUUGUUCCAUCGGGCUCAGACUUCAGUGGGAGGCUUCAGGCUGCAGGCUGCAUCUCCUGUUUCCACUGGCAGCUUUGCAGACACUCAGGAGGAGACACCCCAACUUCCAGAAUGGCUGAUGAAGGAGCUGCUAAAAGGGCAGCAGAGGAGUCACUCCAUUGGACUGGUGGAAAAUAUAGCAGAGAAUGAAAGUGUCCAUCACCAUCUUGACCCUUCUAGAAGUCAGUGGAAAGGAAAGGCUGAGCAUCUGCUAAAUCUUGAUCAGUUUCAGAAGCUCCAUGCAGCCUUUCAGGAGUUAGAAAUUAAUGGGCAUAAAUCCUUGGAUGUGGAAAACUUCAAGCACAUCUUAAAGAAAUGUGUGGGAUCACAUAAUGCAAGCGAUGAACAAAUAGAAAAGCUUUUUAUGAAAAUAGACUAUUCUGCAACUGGCAGGAUUCAGUGGCAUGACUUCUGCACAUACAUGCAGCUGGAAUACUCUGAACAGGAUGCGGCAUCUGCCCGACUGAAAGAGAUGGCCUUUUCACUUCCUGCAUCAAUAAAAGAGAUUCCACAUGGGGACCCCAUGCUGCGCAUUCGCUCACUGCCAGAUAGCACAUUAAUAACAGCCCGAGAAGAUGGAAAUAUUUCCUUCUGGUCACCAGAACUCAAGUUAAAACGAAGCAAGAUGGUGUUUGAAAAAGCUCACAGAAAAUCCAAAUGGUUGAUGGAUUUCACUGUCAUGACGCCAUACAAUAAGCUAAUCCUCGGAACUGGGGAUCAUGAGCUGCAGUUCUAUGAAAGCUCCAACUUUGAACCCUACCUUCAGAUUAGUGGUUUGGAAGCUGUACCUUUGAACCUGGAUUACUGCUAUACAGAUGAUGAUGAAUGUAUGAUUCUUUAUGGUGAUGACCAGGGAUGUGUCAAUAUCUUGCUCUUACGUUCAGUGGGAGAAGUCUUAAGGACAUGGAAGAAGCUUCCCAAAUUAGAAAACCUUCCUAAUAUUGGUCUUGAGAAUGCAGUUCUUUCUCCAAAUGUCACUUACAUCCGUUGGAAAGUUCAUGGAGAUUGGGUUACUCAGCUGAAUUACUAUGAUUCUAUUAAAGCAGUAAUUUCUGCUUCAAGCCAUGAACCUACUGCCUUAGUAAUAGGUUGUGUUGUGGGAGCUACCAAUGUUGAACAACAGAUGAAAGAAAUAAAACAGCACAGAGAAGAUUCCAAGACAAGGAAACAGCAGCCUAUCUUAGGAGCUUCAUCCCAUAGAGCCAAAGGAGAUCAGAUUGUUUUUCAAGUCCACAAAGGAGUGAAAACAUUUGCACUCAGUAAAAAGAGCAAUCUCAUCGUAACUGGUGGCAUGGAUCGAAUCAUCCGGAUGUGGAAUCCAUAUAUGCCUGGAAGGCCAACAGGCAUCCUUAGAAGCCACAUGGCUCCAGUCUUCUAUGUCUACAUAUCUGAAGAGGAUAAAAUAUUUUCCAUGUCAACAGACAACACAGUUAAGAUCUGGGAUAUGGAAGACCAGAUAUGCUUAUUCACAGCUUGUUCAAAAAACAAUGGAAUUAAAGGAGAGAUUAGUGCUUGCCACUAUGUAUCAGGCACUAGAUCACUCUGUGUUGCUACUGACACACUGGCUGUUCUCCAUCUAAGAUUACGAUCAGCUCCAGAUCCUUACUUGGUGACUUCUCACAAGAAACCAGUUUUGUGUUGCAAAUUCAACAAAGUCUUCAGGCAUGUUGUGAGCUGUUCGGAAGAUUCUGUGGUGAAGGUGUGGGAUUUUGACAGUGGAAAGCACUUGUUUGAAUUUGUUGAUGCUCACAGUGGCUCUGCAAUCACUUGCCUCACCUUUGAUUCUACUGGAAGAAGGCUUGUUACGGGAGGAAGGGAUGGCUGUUUGAAAAUAUGGAAUUACAACAAUGGGCAUUGCUUGCACACUUUGAAAAGAGAAGACAAAUGGGAUGAAGUCUGCGAUUGUACCUAUGUGGAGAUCAAUAGAAACAAGUAUAUUGUAGGUGUUGGAUGGGAUAGAAGGAUAAACAUGUUUUAUGAUUCCACAGACAACUUCCAUCACUUUCGAAAACCUCAGCCCCACUGGAUGGACGAUAUAAACCAGGGACACAAAGAAGAUAUUCUGUGCAUUGCUCAGUGUCCACCAGCUCUCCUUGCCACCUGCAGUUAUGAUGGUGAAAUUAUUGUUUGGAAUAUGAUUUCUGGUCAUAUAUGUCAUAAUUUCUACACUCCCCUGGCCACUACCUCUGUUGAUACCAAAAUGGUUGAUGCGAGUGUCACUCAAGUAAUCUUUCUAAAGACUCGUGCUGUAAAACUCGAAUCGGCUGCAGCCUCCCUCGUCUCCAAUGGGCCACAAGGUUAUCUGCACUUCUGGAGUCUGUUCACUGAAGAUCCACUUAUAGCAAAUUUUACACCUUCUAGAGGGAAAUCUCCAAUCAGCAGCAUUGCCGUGACUGUGGAUGACUCGUAUCUCUAUGCAGCAGAUGAGGAUGGGUAUGUGUACAUCCAUGACAUCAAAGAUUAUGCACUUCAGGAUCCAGAACACAGUGCACCAAAAUAUGUGAAUUACUGGAGAGCUCAUGUGAAUUUGGUUCUGUCGUUAGAGAUUAUAGAUGAAGAUAACAUCCUGUUAUCCUGUUCCGUUGAUCAGACUGUUCGUUUGUGGAGCCUCAAUGGAGAAUACAUUGGAACCUUUGGACAAGCAGAACCUUGGGAAAUUUUGACCCCAUCCUCCUGGAAGCAUCCUAUGGUUCCUUAUGAAAUUCUGAUAGAUCCACAAAGUAUGCCCACUCACCCUGUGCUGGAAGACAAGUCCUCUGAGGACUCACAAUGCAUACUCCAAGAGAAUAUGACACAGGAUGUUUCCACACCUAAGGAAGCAAGCUAUAAUUCCCAGCCCUUCCAAGUUACUGUUACCGAUGAGGAUAUUAAAGAAGAAAUUAACAAGCGGUUUUACAAACAAGCUUCAAGCAGGAGGCUGAAGCAUGAGCGAUCCAAGCUUUUAAACAGACGGAGUAACCAUGGGGGACCAAACACUUACCACACAAUCAACUAUUAUGAAAUUGACAGUUUCCCAGGAAACUGCAAGAAGCCUGAUUUGUCUGUUCUUGGUACAGACAUUUUCAGUGCUAAUUAUCAAGGAACAGCUGAGCAGUGAGACACAACACCCAUCACUGGAAUGAGACCUGCUGAAAUGUCCUGGUGUCACUUUCUUUUUUUCUUCUCUUAAGAAAAUAGUGCAUAGCAAAUUUGACCAUAAAUAAAUGAAUAAAUAACCCUG